AUGGCGGCCGCCGGUUGCUAUGGCGACGCCGCACGCCGCCGCCAGUUUCCAACAUGGCGCGCCGCCGGGCAGCGGCCCCGCCCUCCCGUCUCCGCCAAUCAGCGCGCGCGGCUGCCGGGAGCGAGCCGCCAUAGGGCGCGGCGCGCACGUGACCGGAAGUCCGCUCUGGCCGGGCGUCUCGCUGCUCCGGGCGGCCGCGGGGCUCGGAGGGGAUUUGGAGGAUUUUUGGGGGAUUUGGGGUUUUUGGGGGUCCCGUGCGGUUUUGGGGACCCUUCGCUCCCCCCUUCGGCUCCCCCCGGAGCGGCGCCGCCGCCGCGGGCGCGCCCCGCCAUGGCGCAGGGCCGGGGGGUGAACAGCCUGCGCUUCAACCAGGACCAGAGCUGUUUCUGCUCCCAAAAUCCCUGCUGGGUUCCCAUUUCGGGGUGCCAGUUUGGGGUGCCCGUUUUGGGGCACCCAUUUUGGGGUUCCCAUCUCGGGGUUCCCAAUUCCGGGGUGCCCAUUCCGGGGUGCCCAUUCCGGGGUGCCCAUUUUGGGGUGCCCAAUUUCGGGGUGCCCAUUCCGGGUGCCAUUUUUGGGGUGCCCAUUUUGGGGUUCCCAUCUCGGGGUGCCCAAUUUCGGGGUGCCCAUUCCGGGUGCCAUUUUCGGGGUGCCCAUUCCGGGUGCCAUUUUUGGGGUGCCCAUUUUGGGGUUCCCAUCUUGGGGUGCCCAUCUCGGGGUGCCCAUUCCGGGUGCCAUUUUCGGGGUGCCCCCGUGCCCGCAGUGCUGAUCUGGGACGACGCCCGCGAGGGGAAGGAGAAGCUCGUGCUGGAGUUCAGCUUCCCCCGGCCCGUGCUGGCCGUGCGCAUGCGGCACGACCGGCUGGUGGUGGCCCUCCAGAGCCGCCUCUACGUCUUCUCCUUCCCCCACCGCCCCACGAAGCUCUUCGAGUUCGACACCCGCGACAACCCCAAAGGGAUCGUGGAUCUCUGUCCCAGUUUGGAACGAGCCCUGCUGGUGUUCCCGGGGCACAAAUGCGGCAGCCUGCAGCUGGUGGACCUGGGCGCGGCGCAGCCCGGCUCCUCGUCGGCGCCCGUGGCCAUCAGCGCGCACCAGAGCGAGGUGGGCUGCGCGGCGCUGAGCGCGCCCGGGACGCUGCUGGCGUCGGCCUCGCGCCGCGGGACCCUGAUCCGCCUCUUCUGCACCCAGAGCCGCGCGCGGCUGCUGGAGCUGCGCCGCGGCACCGACCCCGCCACGCUCUACUGGUGCCACUGGGACUGGGACUGGGACUGGGGAACUGGGACUGGGGAACUGGGGCUGGGACCAACCCCGCCACGCUCUACUGGUGCCACUGGGACUGGGACUGGGAGUGGGACUGGGAACUGGGAGUGGGGAACUGGGACUGGGGAACUGGGACUGGGACUGGGGAACUGGGACCGACCCCGCCACGCUCUACUGGUGCCACUGGGACUGGGACUG